AAGUUGAAGUAUUUUGAGAGUAUUGUGGAACAAAAUGGCUUUCUUUGUGUAGGAAGUAUUUUCUCUAUUAAUUACGCUCGUGGGAGUUAUUUAUAUUCGUGGAAGAGUGCUGUACUGAAUUAUACGAAGCCCGUGAAUGAAAAUGGAAGAUUUGGAUGAAGUUGCACGUGAACUAGAACAACUGGAGAAUUUGCAAGAUGAUCUAUACCUAGAUGAUGUCGGGGCUGAGAAUCCUGAUCGGGCAUUAAGUUUUGGCCGGGGCAAGAAAUAUUUUGAUUUGCUUGCUAUACGUAACGGAAAAAGUUUGUCACAUGGGCGUGGCAGGUCCAAGAACAAACACAAGCGAGGUGAGAUUAGUCAGGGUGCGGUUGGUAAGGCGCAGACCGGCAGUGGUGACCUCUUCGAUAUUGACGUGGAUGACCUGAAUGCGAUUGAUGAUUGGGAUCUUGACGAAAAUGAUGCGUCACACGCUCUUGAAGACUUUGUUCCAGAGGAUGGGAGUGGAAAGAAAUUUUCAUACAGAGCCCAAGGUCUUGCUGGAUUCAGUAAAAGGGGUCAGUUUAAAAGAGGGGCAAAAGUUCCAAGCUUUCAGAGAUCAUUCAAAGCAGAAAAGCCAUUGUUUCCUGAUGUGGACCCAGAUUUUGAAGAACACCAGUUGGUGGAAGAUAUGUUUGACAUAGAGAGUAAAUCACAUCACCAACAGUCAAGAGCAAGUGUCAAUCUUUCUGGCUGGCCUAGAGGUCCUCGUGAUAGUGGAUACACUCGCGAUGAAAGGGGCAGGAGAAAUUAUGACAGUCUGGAACGGGAGGAUCACAGAGGUCCAAGUGCCGUAACUUACAGGAAGGAUCCGAGACUGGCCAGCAGGCAGCUGUCUGAGUCUUCAGAGACACGAUUUGCACCAGCACGGAAUGACCCGAGGCUUGCACUGAAACAGCCUGAUGUGCCAGGUUCAGAAGUUUCAGACAUUACAUAUCCUCCUGUGAGGAAGGAUCCACGGCUUGUGCCACAGCAGGCCUUGGCACAGCGUAAGGAAGAGUUAGGCACCUCUUACGAGCUUGCAAGAAAAGACCGACUCAUGACACAAGGUGAAAAGGCAUCCCAGUUGAAGAAUGAUCCGAGACUGACUAUUGGAAAACAGCAGCAAGAUCUUAUGAGAAGGGAAGGGUUUGAAAGCAGGUUUGGGUCUACAAGAAAAGACCCAAGGCUUGCAAAUCAGCUGCCAGAGCUGCAAAAGAGAGAGGGGACAAAUAAAAGUACAGAUAAAACAUCAUUUGAGAAAGCAAGUGGUUCUUCUGCCUCUCAGAAUCCUAUCUCAGCUUUGGCUCCACCUGGUGUAGAAGAAUCAAAUGAAGACCUUGACCUUAAAACUAGUGGUGAGGUAAAAACCAGUCGAAGAGGGCCCAGAAGUCCUUCCCCUCUACCGUCAGCAUCUGGGGAUCAUCCAUCACCAACAAACAGAAAACGAGAUCGCAGCCCUCGUCGAAGGUCUCAUCAUGACAGAAGCCUUUCACCUCUGCAUAGUCGCCACGAUAGAUCUCUGUCACCACAUCGACGUAUCAGCCGCCGUGAUUGUGGCGGAAGCAUUUCACCUCGCAGGAGAGAUCGUAGUUCAGAGUGGAGACGUGACAGAAGAAGUUGGUCAAGAGAUCGACAUGAGCGCGGCAGUCGACGUGACCAGAGCCCAUCUCCACGUAACAGGCGUGAAAGAUCCAGGUUAUCGAGAGAGUGGAGCAUCUCUCCCCGAAGAGACCGCAGCUUAUCACCAAGACGUGACAGAAGCUUAUCUGACAGGCGAGAUCGUAGCUUGUCACCGAGAGGCAGACGCUCGCCCUUCUCGCCACUUCAUCGGAGCUCACUGAGCUCAUCUAGAGAUGAACCAUGGAGACAGUCUUCACCUGCUACAGGGUUGUCUCACCAACCCCACUACUCACAUAUUCAGCCACCGCAGCACGCAUACGAGGUUAUGGCUGCACCUCCACCCAAUAUGUAUACUGAGGGCAGCUACAGUAACUCUGCGUCAACUGCUGCAUCAUACGGAGGGCCGUCCUCCAGUAUGGGAGCACCAAUUGCACCAGGUUACCAUUCAAAUUACCAACAGUACGGCUAUGAAAGUUAUUACCAGCAGCCAACAGCGCAUCCGCCUCCUUAUUCAGGCGAAUUUGUUCCCCCGACUUCGCAGCCUCCAGUUUGGUCUGAAGGGGGGAUAGUAUACGCAGAUAUGAGUCAACCUCCGCCAGUUCAGAUGCCUUCUGCAUCUGUUUCUGUUGGAACACUGACGCCUUCAUCUGGAGGUGCUGGUGGUACUGCAUCUGCUGGCCAGACCACUGUUGACCAGAAAUCAGAAGCAGCUAAGAAGGAAGCCGUAAAGAAUGAGCUGCUACAGCAGAAGCAAACACUUGCGAAACAGAGGGAAGAGUACGUGCGGAAAAAAAUGCUCAUUGCUAGGGAAUUGAAUCUGCUUCGGGAGCAGGAGGAAGAACUGCUAGAGGAGAAGUCCAGAGAUAAUGACCGUAUCCUCAAGGAGAAUAACAAGUUACAGCUGGAAAUUCAGAACAAGCUGAAAGCAAUCAACAAUGUGAUAGACAUGUUGACUGGUAUCAUUGGAGACAAGGAAGAGAAGCAUGUUGGGAAAGGAAGUCACAAGGAUGAAGCAAAAACUGCCAAGAAGAAACCUCGGACUCCACCAGAAACACCACCGCAGUCGUCGUGUUCAGAUUCUGAACUGGGAGAUGAUCGCAGGGGUGCCAAUAAAUUGGAUUCUGUGUCGGGAGUAGCAUCUUUAUCUGUAGAGGAUAAGAAACAUGCACAAGAUGACAAGCCUUUGUACAACUAUGUACAUUAUGACCCAGAGAUGCAUUGGUGUCGCGUGUGUGACGUGUUCCCACGCACUGCCAAGGAGUUCCUCAACCAUCUUCAUAGUGCGGAGCACAAGGAGCAGACGCUGGAGAGGAAGCUAGUUGAUAUGCCGUGGCAUAAGAUACAGGCAGACCAGGAUGUUCCACACAUCAUGGGGGCCCCAAAAAAGCGAACACCAAUCAGAGGAUUGCAGUUCUUCAUCUCUGCUACUGCGUGGUACUGCAAACUUUGUGAUGUGUGGAUUGGAGACCUGCAUUGUGCAUCUGUUCACCUGAAGUCAAAGAGGCACUCUGAAAAUUAUGCUCAAUUCACAGAACAAAACCCUCAUUGGGAGACAGACUGGCUGGCCGAUCGAGAGAAAGCAUACGAGCGCUGUUCAGAGGAGAGGCAUCGGUUGAAGGAAGAGCAGGGCCCGUUACCACCUGGCAUAGAGCAGCCAGCACCAUCACUGCCGCCAUCAGACACAAAACUGUUCACUGGGAACAGCAAGGAUGGAUUCCUGGAUCUGAAAGGAGCUGUUAAAGAAGAUAAACCUGAUCAGAGGCUCAAGAGUACCAGAGACCAUCGUAAGAAAGUUAAGAAGACUUGUAUAACUGCUUUAGACGAGAAGGUGAGAAAGAAGAAGCACCGGAAAAGUAAAUGUACGUCUAAGAAAGUGUCCGAUUCCUCAGAGAGCAGUUCAAGUUCCAGUAGCAGCAGUAGCCAUUCCUCAAGCACUGAGGAAAACAGUGAUUAUGAAAAUGAAGACAAGUCAAAAAGUAUUCGUGUUGCUAUGAGAAAGAAGGUAAGGGGCUUGCCAGUGCAACAGGUAUCAGAUGAACCACUCAGCAUACCCUUUAUUAAAGCCCCAAGGAGUAAGUGGGAUUCCCCAGAAAAACAGAGUGAUGAAAAAGAAGUUAAAGAAAGGAAUGACAGAGAGAAGAUUGAAAGGGAGAAGAUAUGCAAAGAGAAAGCAGAGUGGGAAAGAACAGAGGCAGAACACGCAGAAAAAAAAGAGGAGGAGCGGAAGUCGAAGAAAGCUAGUCAGAAAAGUAGCAACAGCAGCGGUGAUGAUAAAUUAAUCAAAGAAUGGAUGUCUACGUCAAAGGAGGUGUCAGAUGGUGAGAAGCAGCUGUUAAACAGCAUUAAGGAUAGGCUAAAGCAGAAGCAGGAAGCAGAUAAGGAAAGGGAGCAUGAGAAGAAGAGGGACGAGAGAGACAAGAAUCAUCAUGAUGGCAAGGGAUAUUAUGAAGACAGAAGGGAUUCGAGGCGGAGCAGGAGGCGAAGCGAGAGUCCUUCGUCUUCGUCUUACAAGAGCAAGCGAUUGCGUGGCAGUGACAGAUCACCUGAUGACAGGAGAGAACGAUCAAGAUAUGAGAGGUCUGAGGGAUCUCGUAAAUCUCCUGAACGUUUCUCCAAAAAGAGCCCCUCGUGGCAGGAGUUCCCAAGUUUGAAGGCAGACCAGAAACCGAAAGAAGAUACAGAUGGAAAAGUUCCAGAUAAGAGGUCAGAAACUGAAAAGAAGAUGACAGCAAAAUUGGAAGACGAUGAAUAUGAGGAAGAAAGUGCUGAAUCAAAAUUUGAGAAACAGACCGCGGAGUCUGCGGCAAAACUUAUGAAGAAGGGCAAGAAACCUGCAGUUAUGACGAUACCAAAAUCUAAAUUGCCCUUUAUUGGACGCAUGCCAAUCUUAAAACAUUUUGCAAAGAAGAAGGCCCCUCCGUGUGAGAAGUCAGGUGACAGCAAAACUGGUGAGGAGGAGAAGAAGCAGUUUGCAGAAGAUUCUAUGGUACAAGCACAGUUUAACUUGGAAUUCACAAAUGUAGGAGGAAAGGUACAUAUAGGUCCUCAAGAACCUCGCAAAUCAAGGUUUGAUCAGAAACCACAAGGUGCAGCAGACUUACUACCAAUGGGACCACAGUUGCCACCAAAUGUCGUGGUACCAACAUCACUUGGUAACUCUGAAACUGGAGGGACCUUACCUAGUUUUGAAGGUGCUAAGCCAGAAGAAUCUCAAGUCAUGAAUGAGGUACAGGACAUGGAAAUAGAUGACGACACUUCUAACAGUGAUAUCGCCCACCCAGUCAUAGAAACGUCACCCGCUGUUGAUAUUCAAAUUGGAGAACAGACACCUCCAAAGAAGCCACUUACAGAAAUUCCACUUCCCAAAGACUUUCAGGAUGCUUUGAAUAUAUUAUUUCCAGGUCCAGAAGGGGCAGAGAAGAAGGAUGACUCUCUUCUUCUUCUUCCACCCCAGUCGGCAGUAAUUCAGAGUGGUCCGAAGCCUCCCUCCAUGCCACAAAAUGCAUCCCAAAUGAAUCAAGGCCAGUGGCCCCAAGACAUAAUUCAUUCACAGAUGGGAGGCAUGCCAGUGAUGCCAGGCCAUGGACCACCACCAUCACAUCCAAUGCAGGGUUAUGGUGGCUCGUCCCAGAUGAUGAGUGGAGGGGGACCUCCGAUGAUGGGGCCUGUGCAUGGUCCACCACCUCCAGGCAUGUAUGGGCCCCCUGGCAUGCCCGGUCCGGGCCCUGCUUACGGGAUGCAUGGUCCUCCAGGUCCCAUGAUGGUACCUGGAGGUAUGCAAGGUCCUCCUCAACCAAACAUGAUGCACGGUCCACCCAUGCAUUCACAUCAGAACGAAUCGAGACCUCCCCCACCUCCGCUGCCUAAAGAAACUAAAAUGCCAGUGGAAAUAAGCAGUUCUAAAAAGGAAAGCCACCUAAAAAAAUCAGAUGCUGUAGGUGGAAUGAGUGCAGAUGAGUUGGCCAUGCUAGGAAUUGAUGAGGGAGACAUGGCUGCCCAGAUUUUCUAGUUAUAUGUCAAAAUUAGGUUGCUCAAACCGUGGUUAAUCUGUGGGAUGUGAGGUUUUCACGGCUGUGAGUCUGAAGAUGGCCGUCUUCUAGGUUGUUGCACCGUGUAGUCUUGUAGAAGUUUACAGAUGUCUCCUAGCUACCUCCAACAUCAGGCCUCAUCGCCCUGAUGAUGCAGGCAGCAAGGACAACUUUUACAAUAGUACAUGGUGUGACAACCCAGAAGACGGCCAUCUUCAUGGUUAAUCUCAUUGGAUCUUUGUGUAUUCUGUAGCAUUAUAGUUGUUAUGUGUUUGACAUAGAAGUAAAUCCUUGUGUAAUUUAAAUAAAAACUAUACAGUAAACCA